CUGAAACACCAACAUCUGAUUUAUUUAUCUUAAUUUAUUCUGCAGGUAUUGUAAGGUCUGUAGGUGAUACAGUAUGAUGUCGGGCAGUGGUUUUGUUCCUGUGAUGCUUCUGAUGCUGAUGCUGGUGCAGCUCAGUGUGAUUAAUGCUGAUCAGGACUCCGGUACUGUCAUUCCUGCUGAGAGUCGGCCCUGUGUUGACUGCCAUGCAUUUGAAUUCAUGCAAAGAGCCCUGCAGGAUUUAAAGAAGACCGCUUUCAACCUUGACUCCCGGACCGAGAGUUUGGUGCUGAGAGCAGAGAGGAGGGCGCUGUGUGACUGCAUGCCAAUCAGCAGCCUAAACUGAACCCUACGACACUGACUCACUACAGCACCUCAGAAUCACAACACCGGCUCAUUUAUUACUAAUGCUCUUAUUCAUUUCCUGAAAAAAAAAAUUCUAACAGGGUUUUAAGCAGAUUUGUAUUCUUUGACUGUUACUUAAACUAGAGUAAGGUAAUGUUCACUAUGGAAGCGCUUCUGUAAGUCGCUCUGGAUAAGAGCGUCUGCUAAAUGCCGAAAAUGUAAAUGUAAAUUAUUUACCCCAACUAAAUGCUACAUAUCUCUCCCUUUGCAAACUGAUCCCGAUCGCAAACUGAACCGUUGAUCUGUUUUUGAAACUUCAUGUGGAACACAUCAUGUAAGGACGAGUCAAUGCCUCCCAAUAUAAACACAUUUUGAAGAUUCAUCCUAGGAAUUAUAUUAAGGUCUGCUCUGAAAAUACCACCAAAUCAGGAAAGCCACAUAAAAAUUAUGAGAACUUGGAUUUAACUGAAUACAAAAGGAGACUAAAAGAACAAUUUGUUUUUAUAGCAUAAAGUGGUAUUUGCUUUUGGGUACAUUAUUGCAUUGUUAACAGAUUAAAACAAUGUGUUGUUUUUAGUUCUCAUAUCCAAUACAUGAAAGCUGAUACCUAGUACAUACAUGACAAAUUAGCACGACAGCGUAUUGCUUUAGUAUUGCUACUGUUUGUGUGUGGUUUAAGUGAGUUGUUUUCCAUUGGCGUGGGGAAAUAACCUCUAUCCACAAACACACCAGCACCCACAUCAAUGCAUUUUCUGACAGAUUUGAAAUGUGGUUAUACAUACAUUUUAAAGAUUGUUUUUUAUAUUUAAUUUAUUUAUUUAAUGGUUCAAAUGUAUGUAUGUGGACAUUACACAGCAUACAGCAUAAUAUUUGCACAGCUUGUUUGAUUGUUUUUUUUUAUGUCAUAUAUGUUUCUUGUGUUAGAGUUGAUCAUGGUUAGAAAAAUAACUAAGGAUGAUUUAUACUAAACACCUUUAUACUAAACACAUACUACAGAUGGAUACCUGUAUUUUUAUGUAGAAUCUGCUUUUAUGUAGAAAUAAUCUUUAAACAAAUGAAUUAGCAGUACAAAUGUGAAACAGUAAGGACAGUAGUGAAUGCUUAGCUUCAGAUACAAUAUUGUUGUGAACCUGCAUGAUAAAUAGAGCAAACACUAGUGUAGCUGUUUUGUAUGAACAUUUCACUAAUAAGGCCAAACAAAUGACAUUCAUGUUGUGUUUAGCUCUGUAUGAUAGUCAUAUUGUAGUACUGUCAAUCGGACACAAUCAAUCUGUAGUACUGUAAUGUAGCAUUACGCAGUGGCUGUAAUAUCCUGUUGCUACAGCUGUAAUUUGUAACAUUUUCAUGUGUGUUUAAAAUUAAAUUAAACAGCACUGGAUUAAAAAA